AUGGCCAGCAGAAAGUGGUGCUUGGUCCUAGGACUCCUUGCAUUUUUAUGGGCUGGAUUGGCCUCUGAAGGCUCAGAAAAGCAAGAGGAAGAGACCUGCAGGUUGCUGGGCAGGUUUGAUUUGAACGGAUCCGUAGAUGCCCAGAAUCAUUCACUUGUUAUUGGAGGACUGUUUCCCAUCCACGCUAGGACCAUCCCACCAAACGAAUCUAUUUUGGAGCCAGUAUCUGCCAAAUGUGAAGGGUUCAACUUUCGGGGAUUCCGCUGGAUGAAAACCAUGAUCCACACGAUCAAGGAGAUUAACCAGAGGAAGGAUAUUUUGCCCAACAUCACUCUGGGCUAUCAGAUCUUUGACUCCUGUUCCACCAUCUCUAAGACAAUGGAGUCGGCCAUGGUGUUCCUCACAGGGCAGGAAGAGAACAAGCCCAACAUCAGGAACAGCACUGGGGCGUAUUUGGCAGGAAUUGUUGGAUCAGGGGGGUCAUCCUUAUCGAUCGCUGCUUCAAGAAUACUAGGGUUGUAUUUCUUACCUCAGGUGGGCUACGCCUCUUCCUGCUCCAUCCUCAGUGACAAAUUCCAGUUCCCAACUUACGUUCGCACAGUAGCCAGUGAUAAGUUCCAGUCCAUGGCCAUGGUAAAGCUUAUCCAGCACUUUGGUUGGGUCUGGGUGGGCACCAUAGCAAGCGAUGAUGAUUAUGGAAAAUACGGAGUAAAAAUUUUUAAGGAACACAUGGAGAAUGCCAACCUCUGUGUGGCAUUCUCUGAAACCAUCCCCAAAGUCUAUUCCAAUGAAAAAAUGCAAAGAGCCGUGCAGGCUGUAAAGAACUCCACGGCCAGAGUGGUCGUGCUUUACGCUUCUGACCUUGACCUCCAUCCCUUCAUGCUGGAGAUGGUUCACCACAACAUCACCCACCGCACGUGGAUAGCAACUGAAGCGUGGAUCACCUCAGCCCUCCUUGCCAAGCCCGAAUACUUCCCAUACUUCGGUGGAAGCAUUGGAUUUGCAAUUCCAAGGUCUGAUAUACCAGGAUUAAAAGAGUUUCUUUACGACAUACACCCCAGCAGGGAUCCAGAUGAUGUCCUGACCAUUGAGUUCUGGCAGACCGCUUUUAACUGUACUUGGCCUAAUAGCAGCGUUCCAUACAAUGUCGACCACAGGGUGAACAUGACCGGUAAAGAGGACAGACUGCACAGCAUGUCUGAUAAGCUCUGUACUGGACAGGAGAAGCUGGAAGACCUUAAAAACACCUACCUGGAUGUGUCUCAGCUGAGGAUCACCAACAAUGUCAAACAGGCUGUCUACACCCUGGCACAUGCCCUGGAUCACCUGAGCAGGUGUGAGGAGGGGCAGGGGCCGUUCAUUCCAGGAAACACUUGUGCGUACAUACCUGACUUUGAUCCUUGGCAGUUAAUGUUCUAUGUGAAGACGGUUCAGUUUACAACCCAUGAUGGAAAGACAAUACAGAUUGAUAAGAAUGGGGACGUGAUGGGACACUAUGACAUUCUAAAUUGGCAAUUAGAUGAUAAUGGAGAAAUUGCCUUCAUGAAGGUUGGAGAAUAUAUAUUUACAGAAAAUAAGUUUGAACUUGUUUUCACAAAGAAUUCGACAAUAUUUUGGAACACUGAGUCAUCACAGCUUCCCCAUUCCGUCUGUACUGACGUGUGUCCUCCCGGAACGCGGAAAGGGAUUCGACAGGGGGAGCCCAUAUGCUGCUUUGAGUGCAUCCCAUGUGCUGACCGAUAUGUGUCAGAGAAAGCAGGUCAACGGGAGUGUGAGCCGUGCAGUGAAGACUACUGGUCCAACGUGCAGAAGAGCCAGUGUGUGCUCAAGGAGGUGGAGUUCCUCGCCUACAAUGACGCCCUGGGCCUCACCCUUGCCGUCCUCGCCGUCUUUGGGGCCCUGGUGGCCUUGGCGGUCAUGGUGGUGUAUGUGGUGCACAGGCGCACGCCCCUGGUCCAGGCCAAUGGCCGGGAGCUGAGCCUCCUCACACAGGCUUCCCUGGCCACCACGGCGCUGUCGUCCAUGCUCUUCAUUGGCAAGCCGUGUACCUGGUCCUGCAUGGCCCGCCAGGUCACGCUGGCCCUGGGCUUUUCCCUUUGCCUGUCUUGCACUCUUGGAAAGACUCUUUCUCUCUUUUUUGCCUACAGAAUCUCCAGAUCCAAAACCCGACUCAUAUCCAUGCACCCCAUUUGUCCAAAGAUCAUUGUGUUGCUCUCUGUUCUGGUGGAGAUCGGCAUAUGCACAACCUACUUGGUAUUUGAACCCCCAAAGGUUUACAAGAACAUGGAAUCCCAAAACAUAAAGAUCAUUCUGGAAUGUGAUGAAGGCUCUCUGGAAUUUCUGUGCUUCACAUUUGGGGUCGAUGUCUUCCUGGCCUUGCUGUGCUUUCUUACAGCCUUUGUGGCUCGUCGGUUGCCAGAUAAUUAUUAUGAGGGGAAGUGCAUCACCUUCGGGAUGCUGGUCUUUUUUAUUGUCUGGAUUUCUUUUGUCCCUGCUUACUUGAGCACCAAAGGCAAGUUCAAGGUGGCUGUGGAGAUAUUUGCCAUUUUGGCAUCUAGCUAUGGCUUGUUGGGUUGCAUGUUUGCUCCCAAGUGCUUCAUUAUUCUGCUGAGGCCAGAGAGGAACACGGAUGAGGUCGUAGGAGGGAGAGUCCCCACUGUAGAUAGGAGCAUCCAGCUGACCUCAGCUUCAGUGAGCAGUAAGCUGAACAACACCACAGUGUCCACUGUUCUGGACCACUAG